AGUACUUACAGUAUCAACUUGUCUACGGUUGUAGAUUAAAUUCAUCGAUCACUUCUGAUAAGGCACCUACACAAUGUUAUGGUGAUCAUAUCAUCCAUGAUAUCGUCUUUGUUGUUUGUUAUCCGCACGAUGUUUAUUAUGUCAUCAGUUUAAGUCACGGCUGGAAAUUAUUUUAAUUCAUUUCAUAGGUAUUUCACGCUUAAGUAAUAACAAUACAAUGUAUCGUGCAAUGGAAUUCUUUGCAAAUAACAUCGCGUUACCGAUAUUACAAUUUUGACCACAUUGUUUAACGUGUACAAAAGACACCGUUUCGGAUAGCCAACAAGAAAAUUAUAACUUUGAUAGGUACUUGAUACUUAUACAUUUAUACUUUGUAUAAAUGUUAUAGAUUGUCAUUGUUAUAGAACUCGCAACAUGGACAAUUUGGUUGGAAUUGAAUUUCUAUCCCAAAUCCAAGAAGGACAAUUGUACAAAUACACAAACGUCGUCAAAGGCUGGCAACACAGAUGGUUUAUACUAGACCCGAGAGAAGGAACAUUGAGUUAUUUUUUGGUAAAUAACAAAACAAAAUUGUAUGUUUUUUUGUAUCUCUUUAGUUCAUAUAAGUCUUUAGUAGUAUAAUAAAUAAAGACCAUAAUUGAAAACUUAAAUAUUGCAACAAUAUUCUAAACAUAAAUUGACCAUGUUCACAAUAUUCUGUUACAUUAUUGCCAAAAUGAUAUUACAUAUUUAUUCAUCUUUGCAAUUGAUAAAUAGUAGUUUUCACCUGGACCAUAAUUUUUGAUUAAUGACACAUACAUUAAAGCAGUGGUUCUCAAACUGUUUAGGACUGCGACCCAAAUUUUCUCCCGAAAAACUACCGUGACUCAUAUGGUUCCACAUUUUAAUGGCUAGUUUAUGAAAACAGCUGAGAAAAUCAAAAAAUUACCACCUUAAAAUCGAAGCAAAAUAGCUGUUAUAAAAUAUGUUCACAGAUAAAAAUGAAUAAAAAUAACAUUAUUGUAAAACCAAUGCAUUCCUUGCCUGUUCAGAAUCUAAAAACAUACAUUUCUUGGUAUCUAUAUAAUUCAAAACAAUUUUUGCGACUAAACUAAAAUUGACUCGGGACGUAACAAGUGGGUGACCCACAAUUUGAGAAACAUUGCAUUAAGAGAAUUUGUUUUAUAAACUUAUGCCUCAGAGAUUAACUACUUAAUAAACACAAGUGGUAAUUAAAUAAAACACAUAAAUUUGUCUUAGUAUACCUACUUUAAAGUUUAAAGGUUUUCAUAAAUGUUGUGAUUUUCAUACCAGUAAAAUGUAUUGUUCUAUGGAUUUAAUAAAAUAUUUAUUUUUUUCAUUCAUUGUUUUUAUAUCACAUCAAAAACCUUAAGAGUUGUUUUAAUUCUCUUUUUAAAACAUAUAUGUAUAUUAUAUAUUAUAUAAUUUUAAUUGUAAUUAGGUAUCUAUUGUCAAUACACAUUAUGAGUAUGAACUUUUUUAAUAAAUAUUCUAAGUAGAUAAUAAGUUAGAAUAAGUAAGUAAAGAAAUAAUAAAUAAAUAAUAAUAAUAAAUAAACAAGUAGAUAAUAAGUUGUUUACAAACUUAUCGGCAUUGUUAAAAUAUUUUCUGAAACAUUAGGUGAAAAAUAAGUAAAAGAUUAGUUUUAUGAUAUUAGUAAUAAAGUAUCUAUGUAAUUUGUAAUUCUGUACAAAUUAAUUUUUCACUAAAAGAUUAAACGUAAAGAUGUUUAUUAGUCUGAUAUUAAAAUAUUACAAGCUAAUUGCAUUUUUCAAAUUAAUUAUGAAAAUAUUAUCAUCUACACCAGUGUUUCUGAAUCUUUUUUGAUUCAAUAGGUUCAUACCAUGAUCAAAUUAAUAAAAAACAACCUUUAUUGUCUUGAUGAAAUUUCAUACUUUGAGUGAAACAAGGAAUGUAUUAGUUUUACUUAUUAUAUAUAUUUUUCUUAUUUAUAUAGUGUAUACAAUUUCUGCCAGAGGUAUCAACUAUAGCAAAUUUUUUUCUAAUGGGAAAUUUUAUCUAGUUGAUACUUUUAGAAAGGUUGAUUUUCCAAGCAGUUUUCAUAAUAGUUGAGAAAAUCUACAAAAAUGAUACUUUUAUUGUUUUCAAUUUUGUUUUUGGUCUUAUUUCAGUUUAAAAUGUUCUAGAGACUUGAAAUUUAGACAGAAACUUAUAUUUACUUUUUCUAUAUGUGUUAUAAUUUUGAAAACAUUAGAGUCGUUUUUCAGCUAUUAAUAAACAUUUUAUAUUUAUGAGUUUUUUACAUACUUUUUAUUCUAUUUUAUUCUAUACUGUAAAUAAAAUUGUUAUAAACUGUAAAUAUGAUAUUAGUGCUAUGCAAUAAAAAUGUUUAAAAAAAUAUUCUUUAUUCAAAUCUGCAUUCAAAAAAGGGGGUUGCUGCCAUUUAAAAAUAAAAAAUAUAUACUCGUUUCAAGUAUCAGGUAUUCAGGUAUUAGGAUUAGAAGUAAAAAAUUAAAAGUAAUGUUAAAAUUAAUCUUAAAGGAUUCCAUAAUGAUUAAAAAAAAAAAACAGAAAUCAAAUUCACUAAAAAUCUUCCAAGAUAAUUACUAGGUCAUGAUAAAAGAAUCAGCCUAUAUAUUUACUACAGUAAAACUUCCAUGUAAUGGUUACUGAAAGAACUGGAAAUAAUAACUGAUAUUUAGAGAAUUCCUAUAAAUACAUAGGACUUGAAAGGACCAAAAAAAAUUACUGGUUUACAGAGGUGAUCGUCUUUUAAUGGUGACCAUUAAGGGAAGUUUUAUUGUAUUAACAUUAUAAUAACAAUAUUUAAUUAUUUUAAUUUUUACAGAGUGAAAGUGAUACAAAAUUACAACCGCGUGGUUUUAUUUUUUUGGAAUCAGCAGUGGUGUCUCCUAGUGACGAAGAUUCUAAUACUUUUUCAGUAAACUCUUGGAAUGGGGAAUGUUACAAGCUCAGAGCUGUUGAUGCAAGAGCCAGACAAGAUUGGGUGAAUCGUUUAAGAGCAACUUCAGAGUAUCAUUCUCAAGUAUUUAUUAAAUUUCCAUAAUUAUUUAUACAAAUUUUAAUAUUUGAAUAUUAUUCCUGUUUGUAGAAGAAUGUACAAAAAUAUUCAAAAAAAAAUUAUGUGUAUGACUUUUGCUUAAGUGGAGUGAAAAGAUCAUUGGCCAAUGCACGACAACAUUUAUCUCAGGCAGAAAACAGUUUCAUUGAUAUGGCUCGAGUCAUAGAAAAGUUACCAUCUCAAGGUUGAAAUAUAAACUAAAAUUUAUUCAUAUUAUCAUUAAAAAACUAACUGCACAAUUGGCACAGUAAAUUUUUUAUUUUGAAAAUCAUAUUUGAAGUAUUAUUGUUAAUUCAGGCUUGAUAGUUUAUACACUAAAAUAAUCUCUGUAUGAAUGUAAUUAUGCUCAAUAAUAUGUACUUAAACAUGCAAUGCAAACUUCUCAGAACAAACUAUAUCAAUUUACUUUCAAAUUAAUAAUAUUUGAUUUUAAAGUAUUAUUUUUAAUUAUAUUACAUAUUAGGUAUGUAAAUAAUUUUUUGUAAUGUUGUUUUUGACAGUGUUCUCAUAUUAUAAAAAAUGACAAUUCAAAUAUUGUACCUAUUUUACUUUUUUUCUAGUUUUUCAAAAUUAUUUCAGAUAACUCUUGGGAAAAUUAAAAAAUUACCUCUAAAGUACAUCCCCAGUACAAUUUUCGUUCAGAAAAAGUGCUGUCAUUAUAAAUCGAAGCAAAAUUGAAUACAGAAAAAAAACUAACUUCAUAGUAAACCCAAUGCAUUCCUUGCUCCGCUCAGAAUCUAAAAUUAAAAUUUAAAACUUUAUAAUGUUUAUUAAAAGUAAAAUAAUGUAUGAUUUUCUGAAUUCACUAAAAACCUUAAGAAGUAUGUUUAUUUUAUGUAUCAUUCAAUAAGUGUUAGCAAAGUCACUAUAUAAAUGCAUAAACAAAUUAAUAAAAAGAAAUAUUCAAGCUCAGCUCUCUCUUUUUAAAAUUUGAAAGAUCUAACUGUGUAGGAGGGGGUAAAAAUAUUUUAAUAUUUUAUUUUCAAAUUUAGUUUACAAAAAAAAAAAAAAAUAGUAAAACUAUGUACCAUGAAAAUAAGCAAUAUACCAUAUUCUACUGAAUUAAUUUUAAAUUUUUAAAUUUUUUUAAGAAAAAGAUAAUUUCUAAAUUACUAAAUUAUUUGUUAUUUUUUAUCUAUUAAUAAAAUAGAGAACCUAUUGAAAAUUAUUUUGACAGUGGUGUAACAUAUUUUUCUAAUGUUUUUACUACUGGUAUACAAUGUAUCAUUUGCAUUUUAUAUUUAGGCAACUCUUCUUCUUUCCUUUGUUUUAAUUGAUUCUAUUAAAUCUAAACAACAUUUGCUAAUGACUAAUAACAACUAUUACUUUAAUUUUUGUAAAAUCAAGUGAUAAUAUUAAUUUUUGAUUACAGGUCCACGUUUACGGAACACUGAUCCUGACUUGUUAAUGAUAAAAGCAACUUCACAAUCAAUGAUGUGUGCAUUGGAAAAUUGUUACAAAAUUCUACAGCAUUCCAGUGUAGAACAGCCAAUUGUUCGAACAUAUUCGUUUAUGAAUUCAAAACACACUUCCGUAUAUUCCAAAAGAAAAACGCAUACAAGUACUUAAACAACAACAAAAAAAAAUUAUUUUAGUAUUUAAUAUUUUUUUUAUUAUACUUUUACUUCUUAUAUAUUAUGAUUGUUAAUUUUAUUAUCACACACUUAUAAUUUAUAUUAAUUUGUUUUAGUACUUAAUUAUUGUUGAAAAAUGUAUUAUUGUUAGCCAUUUUAUAUAGUAUUUAUUUAUAUUUUUGUUUGAUUUAAUAACUUUGUAGUAGAAAAAACAUAUUUUCACCUUUCUCUAUUAUAGCACUAGUUAAAAAAUUUAAAGAUUUGUUGGAUAUUUUUUUCAUUGUUUUAACAUAAAUAUUUUUGUUUUCAGUGCUACGAGUUCUAUCUUAAUCAUAAAGUAAUUGCCUGACAACAAAACAGGUACCUACCUGGCAACUCUACUAUUUAUGUUUUUGCUGUUAUACUAAAUAAUUAUAACAAUAUUAUUUUUAUCAAUCACCAUUACAAAAAUAAAAUAAACUAACUUUACUGUUAAUCUAAGUGGGAGUAAAUAGUAGUUAGAAUAGUACUUAAAAGAACAAAUGCACCAAAUGUGUGUAUUUUUGUAUAAUUUUUAUAAAUACUUAAACAAUAAACCUCAAUGCACUGCAAAUUUUAAGUGACACAUGAAUAUUGUAUAAUAAUAUUAUUUUAUAGACUUGAAUAAAAAAUGGAUAUUGUAGUUGUGUAAAAUAUGUGAAGUAUAUAAUUAAUACAUUGUUAAAAUUGUGCUGGUUUGAUAUUACAAGUCAAUUAUAUGCAAG